AGUCUUCUUCUUCUUCCUCUCCUCCUGUUUUUCUUUUUUGCUUUUGCCUCCUCAUCCUCUUGUAUAGUUCAUACUACUACUAGUCUUCUUCUCCACCGGCUGACUCGUCCACGCAAACCCUAUAAAAGGCAUCCGAGUCCCACUAGCUCCGGCCCCGUGUCUUCCCCAGUUAACUCCGUUGUACGUCUCUCUCCCUUUCACUAGCUCCGAUCUCCUUGGAUCGAUCUCCUGCUAGCUCCUCCUCCGAUCCACUUGUCGACACGAUCGAUCGUCGUCGUACGCCUGCUUGGCGUACAUACUGCUACUAAUGGAGACGGCGCUGCAGCAGAGUGCUGCUACUGCUGGCGGCGGCAUGAGGCCGGCCGGCGCGGCGACGACGGUGAAGAAGGCGAGGCAGGAGCUGGAGCUGGAGCAGGAGCGGGAGUUGCGGUUUCCGCAGGCGGCGGCGGCCGCGGAUCAGGGCGGCCUUGACGAGGAGCUCCGGCGCGGGCCGUGGACGGUGGACGAGGACCUCACGCUCAUCAACUACAUCGCCGACCACGGCGAGGGCCGCUGGAACGCGCUCGCUCGCGCCGCCGGGCUGAAGCGGACGGGGAAGAGCUGCCGUCUGCGGUGGCUGAACUACCUGCGGCCGGACGUGAAGCGCGGCGACUUCACCGCCGACGAGCAGCUCCUCAUCCUCGACCUCCACUCCCGCUGGGGCAACCGAUGGUCCAAGAUCGCGGCGCACCUGCCAGGCAGGACGGACAACGAGAUCAAGAACUACUGGCGGACGCGGGUGCAGAAGCACGCCAAGCAGCUCAACUGCGACGUGAACAGCAAGCGCUUCAAGGACGCCAUGCGCUUCCUCUGGAUGCCACGCCUAGCCGAGCGCGCCGCAACAGCCGCCCACCAGCCGCAGCCGCAGCACGUCGCUGCCGCCUGCAACAACGUGCUGGUGGCGGCGGCGGCGGCGGCCAACAGCAGCAGCUGCUGCUGGUCCUCCCCACGCAGCAGCGCCGUCACCACGGCCGCCUGCAGCGGCAGCUCCUCCUGCAGCUCGCUCACGUCCGAGUCCGCGCACAACGACGACGAUGGCGCCCGGCCGCACGCCGCCGCCGUGCUGGCGGCGGCGGCGGCGGCGACGGGCGACGACGACUACUGGGGCGCUGUCACGACGACUAUGCAGCAAAAUCAUCAUCAGCAGCAGCAGCAGAACGAGCAGUUCGACUUCUGGUCCACGGCGUCCGCGCUGCAGCACCUGACUACCGCCGCCGCCGACCAGGACCUCACCGGCUGGGUGCAGGGCUUCUCCGACGACGGCAUCCUGUCCGGCUCCUCGUCGGACAGCCUCUGGAGCCUCGACGACAUCUGGAGGAUGCAGUGACAGUGAGACGUAUAGUACGGCGCGCUGUUGUCUGUCGUUUACGUCAAUUUUUGCCCGCGUGUUAGUUGCGGGUUCGGAUUCAAAUUGGGGGACGUACAGUACAGUACGAUACAGGCAGGGGAGGCGACCAAAAACCCAAGCGUUCUCCUCAUAUAUUUUUCGUGUUCAGUUAUUACGCUCUGACUUUAUCACAUAUAUAUAUAUAUAUAUAUAUACAUAUAUACACUGUAUAAUGUAUUAGCUAGUAUAUAUAUAUUCACACACUGUGGAAAGUUGAUUUUUCUUCUUCUUUCAUCCGGUGUUGACUUCGUUUUUGUUUGGGUGGCAAACUAACUACGUACUCCGUUCCGUCACUGUCCUCCUGUCAAGGGUUUUUCUUUUCUUUUUUAUUUUUGUCCACCUUGUACUGAAUAUGUAUAUGGUAAGAGAGUGAGACAUAGACAACGACCAAUGUUAUUAAAUUA